GACCUUAGGUAGCCCGCAUAACCUAACCAAACCCGAAACCCAAAAAAUUUGGAAGACACGACCACCCGCCUUCUCGCCACCAAUCCCUCGCAACACAAAUCACCUCCCCCUCUCUCACUCUCUCACUCUCAAUCCAUUUGGAGUUUUUUUUCUUCUCUCUAAAACCCUAGAAAAUUUCCUCCCCAUUCCCAAUGAAACGUGUUUGGCGAUUCACUUCAGAAGCAGCACAAGCUUCCAGAUUCACCGAAACAUGCCACCGAUCAAAUCCCAAAUCCAUUCCCAUUCUCCCCACCUCCACAUUCAUCCAACGACAGAGUAGUACCCUGCAACAGCCAAGCAUGGUAUUGGACCUUGUUUCGUUGUUCAAAGUUUCAAUUCCACCUUACGAAAAGCAUCUCAUUAACGAAGUCGCGAUUUUGAAGAACAAAUUGCUUCGUGAAGCUUCUGAUUCCGUUAGGGUUGCAAGCAUUUUGGAAGAUAAUUCUGAAUCCUUGAUUCGCUCUCAUCCCGUCUUUCUUGAGCUUUUGAAUCAAUUGAAUUCAAACCCUUCUCUCUUACUAGAGGUGUUUAAUUGGAGAAGGAAGAGAAAUGUUUCUGAAUUCGAUGCGUGCAGUAAUUCCAUGAAUGCACAUGAAUAUUCCAAGGGUAUCAAAGCGGCGGGAAGAUCUAAGAAUAUUGAUCUUGCUGUUGAGCUUUUUAGGGAAGCCGAGAAGAAGGGUGUGAAGAUAACCAGCACUUACAAUGCACUCAUGGGUGCUUUUAUGUUCAAUGGUCUUGCGGGUAAAUGCCACUCUUUGUUUCUCGAUAUGAAAAAGGAUCCGGUUUGCUCUCCUUCCGUUGUUACAUACAAUAUUGUUAUAUCUGUUUUUGGUCGCUUGAUGUUAAUUGAUCACAUGGAAGCAACAUUCAAGGAGAUGAGUGAGUUACGCCUUUCACCUAAUAUAUCGACUUAUAAUUAUUUAAUUGGUGGAUAUAUCUCCACCUGGAUGUGGGAUGAUAUGGAAAAAGUUUUUCAAGUGAUAAAGUCAGGCCCUGUUGUGCCUAAUAUGAAAACCUACCUUUUAAUGAUUCGUGGAUAUGCACACCUUGGUAAUAUGGAGAAGAUGGAAGAGAUAUAUUCAUUGGUAAGGGAUCAUGUAAAUGAAAAUGAAAUGGCGAUUCUUAGGGUUAUGAUAUGUGCCUAUUGUAAAAGUUCUGAUGUAGAUAAAUUGAAGAAAAUAGAGGCAAUGUUAAAGUUGAUUCCUGAAAAAGAAUACCGGCCCUGGUUAAACGUGUUGUUGAUUAAGCUUUAUGCCCGGGAAAACUUGUUAGAGAAAAUGGAGACUGCAAUAAACGAGGCAUUUGAGCACAGAACCGCUGUUACAACCACAGGAAUUAUCAAGUGCAUAGUUACAGCUUAUUUUCGGUGCAACGCGGUAGAAAAUCUUGAAAAUUUCAUUAGACGUUCUGUAUUUUCCGGGUGGAGAAUUUGCCACUCCUUAUAUCAUUGUAAGCUGGUCAUGUAUGGCUCACAGAAGAACCUUAGAAAAAUACAAAAUGUCCUUGAGGAGAUGGAUGAUAUCAACAUGAAUCGCAACAAGAAAACACUGUGGAUAAUGUACAAAGCUUACUGGAAUUCUGGUCAGAAAUCCAUGGUUUUGAAAAUAUUGGGACAAAUGUUCAAGCAUGGUUAUACAGUUCCCAACGACGCAUUUCCGUCAUGAUUUAUAUUGCUGAGGUCCGUCACAUGUCAUUACUGUAGCUAUAAGCACAUUCAGUAGAUAAAAAGUGAAGAGAAGUUCAUUACAAUUGCCAGGCAAAGGGACAGGCAGCUCGUUGAGAAUAUAUUUGAUGAGCAUUCAAGGAAAUUCUUUAAUUAUGGUUGUACAUGGCCUUUCCAUUAGAUAUUUUUUUGAAAAUGAACUUCUUCAGCGUGUUACCAUUGCAAAUAAUCUGCAGGUUCUUUAUGCCUUCAAUUUUAAAUAUCCCAAUUAUGGCUUCGACUUGAGUGGUGCCUCUUGCAUUGGUUAUGCAUAGAAGCACCGUUUUUAAAUUUCCCAAUUGUGAAAAUGGCUCAAAUGAUGCACUCUUGCACUGGUUAUGCAUGGAAGCGCCAUUAAUUGCUAUUCCAGUAGAAUUAACUUUAUUAAUUUGUUAAAAUCCAAUCAAUUUAGAUUAUAAAUCAAUGAAUCAGUAUAUCAAAUCAAAUCAUCCUCACUGCCAGCCUGAUUUUUAUGUUGCUAUACUACUGUUAAUAACUAUAACUUGCUCAAAGUCUAUGUUGUCAAUAGCACCGCUAUAUUGGCAUAGCAUGGCGGAGCAGCCCCUUAUUGCCAUGCCAUUUGUCUGCUACCCGCCGUACACAGUUGCAAUUAUAGUGGUUGAAUAGCGUUUUGAUGACGACCCUUAUUAGGGUUCUGGGGGGAAAUUUCCCAAAUAUACUUUUUUUUGUUGUAUAUUGGCACUUUUGCACCUCAUUAAGUGACCUAUUUUAAUCCAUGUUUCUCCGUUAAUCCACUCUUCUUCGAUUCUGUGUGUUCUGCGAUUUUUUCUCCCAUUUCUUCUUCCUGCAUAUUCUCUGUGUAUUCUCUGACUGCUUCCUUUGCCUUUGCGAUUUUGUUCUUUCUCUGCGUCUUCUUCCUGCGUUACGUCGGUUGUUUGAUGUCGUGAUCUUGGUCUGUUUCUCUACCAAGGUUUGUAUUUGUUCUCUUGCUCGGUUUCUCUGUUGUGUUCUUCUCUUAUUUGUUCGGUACUUCUGUAACUUCUGUUCUGUUCUACUCUUUGUUUGGUACUUCUGUUCAGUUCUACUCUUUUUUCGGUAAUUUUGUAACUUCUGUUCUGUUCUACUCUUUGUUCGGGAAUUUUGUAACUUCUGUUCUGUUCUACUCUUUGUUCGGUAGUUUUGUAACUUCUGUUCUGUUCUACUCUUUGUUCGGUACUUCUGUAACAUCUGUUCUGCGUUUCCUCUGUUCUGUGCUUCUCUUCAUCUUCAGUUACUCUCUGUAUAGGUUUAUUUUUAUGUACUCGAUGCUCUGUUAUAUGUUUAUUCUUUUAUGCUCUGUUAUAUGUUUAUUCUUUUUUUAAAGUUUGUUCUCUGUUUAGGUUCUAUUUGUGUUCUGCUUGCUUACAUUUAGAACUUGAUUUUGAUGGGACGUCUUGUUAAUUACAUUUAGAACUUAUUUUGAUGGGAAAUGAAAGUUGAUUAUAAUUAUUAAGCAUGAUUAUUCCUUUAGUUGUUUAUCUUUCUAUUUUUGAGUAUUUAUGUGUUGUUGGAAUUUAUGUUUGCGUUGUACAUUGUUUUUUAGUCUUCACAAUAGCAGUCAUACUACUAUAUGCAAUAGCGCUAUAGCAUUUUAGGGGUUUGGCGCUAUGCAUCGCCAUCUGAGAUUUACAACAUAGGUCAAAAUUGAUACAUUUUCUUAAAUUUUGUUGUACCCUUUGGGGGUUUUGUCCUUAUUCUUAGAUUUUUAGUCUGCAAUACCAAAACUACAUGCAAGGGAAAAUUUUAAGUUAUGAAAGCAUCUACAUUCUAGAGGGCUAUUCUAGCACCUAACUUAGUUUAAAACUAACAUUUGAUUCUGAUGCUGCCAAUAUUUAAAUUUUUUUUU